GGUGCACCAAACACCCAACACUCCACUAGUCCAACCCAAACAAACAACAGCAAAGAUCGAGCGGCCAUCUCCGCUUCUCGUUCUCGCCUGGACGCGACGACUGGCCGUGGAGCGUGACGGUCCGCUGGCCGUGGGCGGCCUACCAGAGGCGAGGCUGACGCCGCGGCAGGCCGCGUCGCCGGUACCCUCGCGCUCACCGGCGAGCGGAUACAGAGAGGGUACUGCAGAUCUAACUCGGGCAACAUACAUGGCCGCUAAAGUUUCUACAAUUGGACAGUUACUUCUCCUGGUGCUGGUGGCUCUCAGUGCACAUGUGGUCGACUGCAGCUCAUCCUCGCUGCAUGGAAAUGAGACAGAUCGAUCAUCACUGCUUGGAUUCAAGGAUGCAAUCAGUCUCGAUCCACAUCAAGCCUUCAUGUCCUGGAACGAUACCGCCCACUUUUGCAACUGGGAAGGUGUUUUGUGCAGGAUGAAGACUCCACGUCGUGUCACUUCUCUAAACCUUACAAGUCAAGGUUUGGUCGGACACAUCUCUCCUUUACUUGGGAACUUGACAUUUCUUCAAUCUCUAAUCCUCACGGACAACACACUCACGGGAGAGAUCCCACCCUCCCUCGGUCACCUGCGCCGCCUCCAAACCUUGCGCUUGAAUAACAACACGCUGCAAGGAAGGCUGCCAAGUUUCGCAAACUGCUCAAACCUCAGGGUGCUGGAUGUUUCGGUUAACAAUCUAGUUGGCCGAAUUCCUGUUGAUUUGCCUCCUCGCCACCUUCAGGUGCUGCAAGUUUCAGCUAAUAACCUUACUGGCACCAUCCCAACUUCUCUUGGCAAUAUCACAAAACUAACCACCAUCAGUUUCUCUUUUAAUCACAUCACAGGAUACAUCCCAAAUGAGCUCGCACAUUUGUCCAACUUGCAGUACAUGUAUGCCAGUGUCAAUCAGCUAGUAGGCAGGUUUCCGCAAGCCAUCCUGAAUCUUUCUACUCUCGUCGGCCUUGACAUUGUUCUCAAUGGUCUAAGCGGGGAGGUGCCACCAAAUCUGUGUACCUCUCUGCCCAAUCUCCAGAUACUUGUAUUAGGUGGCAACUUCUUUCGAGGGCACAUUCCUAGCUCAUUCACUAAUGCUUCCAGUCUGAAUGACAUCGAUUUGUCAGGUAACAACUUCACUGGAUCGGUGCCCACCACGAUUGGUAAACUUACCAAACUCUCGUGGUUAAAUCUUGAACGUAAUCAACUCCAAGCACACAACAAGCAAGAAUGGGGUUUUUUGGACAGCUUAGGCAACUGCACAGAGCUACAAAUGUUCUCCAUGAGCUGGAAUCGUCUAUCAGGGGAUGUACCAAGUUCAUUAGGCAACCUUUCCAGUCAACUUCAACGCCUAUACAUGGCACAAAACCAACUAUCAGGAGAUUUUCCUUCUGGCAUAGCAAACCUCCGCAACCUGAUCGUUGUGUCAUUGGGGGGGAAUCACUUUACAGGUGUCGUCCCAGGGUGGAUUGGAACCCUCAAAACUUUGCAACAGAUAGGUUUACACACAAACUCCUUUACAGGGGUCAUACCAUCAUCCUUGUCAAACUUGUCUCGGUUGGGAGGGCUUUAUAUGUUCUCGAACCAGCUCACUGGCCACAUACCACCAAGCUUUGGAAACUUCUCAAUGCUUCAAUAUUUGGGCAUUUUCAACAACCAUCUUCACGGUGGGGUUCCAAUGGAGAUCUUCCGGAUUCCAACAAUAUUUGAAAUUGUUUUAUCCUUCAACAACCUGGACGGAAAACUUCCUUCAAACAUUGGCAAUGCCAAACAGCUCGUAAAUUUGGUACUUUCAUCAAACAAGCUAUCUGGAGAUAUUCCAAGCACUCUGGGUAAUUGUGAAAGUUUAGAAGAUGUUGAGUUAGACUCGAAUAUUUUUAGUGGAAGCAUUCCCACAUCAUUGGCGAAGAUAAGUAGCCUAAAAGUUUUGAAUUUAUCUACUAAUAACUUAACUGGGUCAAUACCAACAUCUCUUGGCAACCUACAACUUCUUGAGAAACUAGAUUUGUCAUUCAACCAUCUUCAUGGUGAGGUUCCAACAAAAGGCAUCUUCAGGAAUGCAACUGCUGUGCGGGUUGAUGGAAAUCAGGGGCUUUGUGGUGGGGCAUUGGAGUUGCACAUGCUGGCAUGUUCUGUUAUGCCUUCAAAUUCAACUAGGCACAAGGAAUCUUUAGUACUCAAAGUAGUUGUUCCAAUAGCCAGUAUGGUGUCGCUUGCUGUGGUCAUAUUUGUCUUGUUUCUCUGGAGAGGAAAACACAAUAGCAAAUCUAUAUCGUUGCCAUCAAUUGCUACAGAUUUUCCCAAAGUUUCUUUCAGUGAUCUAGCCAGAGCAACACAAGGAUUCUCAGUGUCCAACUUAAUUGGCAGAGGGGGAUAUAGUUCUGUAUAUCAAGGAAAACUAGUUGAAUACAAAAAUGUGGUUGCCAUAAAAGUCUUCAACCUACAUACAAGAGGAGCACAAAAGAGCUUCAUCGCAGAAUGUAAUGCGUUGAGAAAUGUGCGGCACCGUAAUCUGGUCCGAAUCCUAACUGCAUGCUCAAGCAUUGAUUCUAAUGGCAAUGAUUUCAAAGCCCUAGUGUAUGAGUUCAUGCCACGAGGAGACUUGCAUAAACUACUAUACUCAACUCCAGACUAUGAAGGCUCUUCAUAUUUGAACCUUAUUACAAUGGCUCAAAGGAUUGGGAUUGUGGUGGAUGUAGCAGAUGGAUUGGAGUACCUACACCAUAACAACCAAGGCAUAAUGAUUCAUUGUGAUUUGAAGCCUAGCAACAUUCUCCUGGAUGACAAUAUGAUAGCUCAUGUGGGAGACUUUGGCCUAGCAAGAUUCAAAGUUGAUCCCACAACAUUAUCUCUUGGUAACUCAAACACCUCUUCGAUUGCACUAGUGGGAACUAUUGGAUACGCUGCUCCAGAAUACGCACGGGGUGGUCAAGUUUCGACCGCCGCAGAUGUUUACAGUUUUGGUGUCGUUCUGCUCGAGAUAUUCAUUCGAAGAAGGCCAACUGAUGACAUGUUUAAGGAUGGACUGAGCAUUGUAAAGUUUGCAGAGGCCAACUUCCCUGGUAGAGUAUUGGAGAUUGUCGAUACUCAGCUGCUACAUGAGUUAGAGCUUUCCCAAAAAACUCCAAUGGACUUGAAGGAAGAAGGUGUACAUUCUCUGAUGUCUAUGCUAAACGUUGGCCUUUGCUGCACCAAACCAUCUCCAGAUCAACGUAUGAACAUGCAGGAGGUGGCUGCCAAGCUACAUGGAAUUAGGGAUGCAUACCUCAGAGGAAACUGAAGAAGUUUUUAUAUUGCUUCAGACUUCAGUGGUAUAUUAGCUCUCCCAAUAAGUUGCUGCAUAGUUGGCGUUUACACAUACCAUGUAUGCAAUUUACAAAUCCGAACCCUCUGUGUGUCACUGCAUCAUCCCAGCUGGUGCACACUGAAUGAAUAGCAAAUAUGAAUACCAUUUCCAUGUACCAAUAUUACAAAUGAAAUAGUAUACAUUUUACUAAUUCAUACCUGGAAUUCAGGGUUUACCCAACUAGCCUUGAGGGCUAACACUCAGAAAACAUAACAACAGAUGAACCUGUCCAUAUGACACAUGCUAUUGGAGAAUCACAAUCCUAGAUCCCGUGGUCUUGAAAGAAAAACUCCUUGGAUUUGAGCAACCUAUCGUAAUAACUAUAACAAGACUGAGUACACGAUGUACUCUCUCUUUCCCACAAAAUAGGGCGGAUAACCCUUUGAUGCUGAUUUCAAGGCAGAAAAAAGGCCUCCCAGCUCUGCCCCAAUUAACUCUCCUGAUCAGCUGGAUGCAGCUCCUCAUCUAUCACGCCCUCAUGCUAGCAAAGCACACGGUUAAGCGGCGCACGCUCCCGUCUCAGCCUCCCAGUCCCGGAACACCCAGCCGACAUCUGCAUCU